UUCAUCUUUACCUUUUUUUUUCUAUUUCAAAACCACCAACUAACCCCCCCCCCGUCUCUCUCUGUUUUGGAUUAAACAAAUCAGAAAACCAGCUCCCUAUUUAUUCUCUCCCUCCGCUACUCGGCCACCGCCGGCAGCCAGCCAGCUCGCCCUAUCGUGUUCGCGCCUGAAUCGGCAUGUGCUCCGGUACCGAGCUCCGAUUUGCUCAAUUUUGAGUGCGGGGAGCAGCGGCCAGCUUAAUUUUGGUGUGGAGUGAGUGAGAGAGGUGCAAUGCUGCCGGAGAUGGACUGCUGAGAUGAGAUCCGUUGUUGUAUCAUAGCGUUCCCUUUAUUCUUUCCGAUUUUCGUUGUUUCUGAGCUGAAUUUUGCUUAUGGAGACCAAUUGUGCUGUUGCGGCUUCUCCUGGACUAGGCAAGGAAGCAUGUGGUGUAGAUGGAAUCAGCCAGUGAGAAACUUGGAGCUUUUAAUUCUGUUCGUGUGUAUUUUCCGGGCAAUAAUAUCUGGUUUCGUAGUGCUGCACGAUGCCAUUUGAAAUGAUGGAUCAAAGGGGUGUAUCUGUCUCUUCCCACCUCUAUGAAGAAGUUCCUUUUCCUUCCGAGAGACAAGUUGGAUUUCAGAAGCUGAAAAACAUGCCUGAUCACCAAGUGGGAGUGGAUAGAACUGUGCCAGCAGCUGGCGGCAUGUUUGAUCCUUCGUUACCCUCAAAAAGAUUUUUUCCAGUCGGUGCACAAUCAGUGGAUUACUUUGAUAUGCCACAAUCGACUCUGGCUGGGGAGCACACAGAAAGGCUAAGCAUUACUGGAGGAGUUGCCGAAGCCUCUAAGACCUCAUGGAGACCUAUGAAUCAUCAUCCAAAGUUGUGGUCAGACUUUCCCACAAGGCCAACAUCCCAUAGCUUGGUAGGAAGCAAAACUGUUAUUAAUGGUGCUCAGCAUGAAAGCAGUCUGUUCUCAAGCUCAUUGUCGGACAUUUUUACUAGAAAGUUGAGACUUCUAAAGAACGAUUUUGUAUCUCAUCAAUCUACAAAUAACGUUGCUUCCCAACAUGAGGAAGAACCCUUUGAAUCUCUUGAAGAAAUGGAAGCAAAAACCAUUGGAAAUCUCCUUCCUGAUGAAAAUGAUUUGUUUACUGGCAUGAUAGAUGGUCUGGGUAAUACUGUGUAUGCUAAAAAUGGGGACGAAUUUGAAGAUUUUGAUCUUUUUAGCAGCGGUGGUGGCAUGGAAUUAGAAGGAGAUGAUCAAGGUGGUUGUAAUGGUUCACUUGUGGGUGAACACCCCUAUGGCGAGCACCCUUCUAGAACACUUUUUGUUCGAAAUUUCAAUAGCAACGUUGAAGAUUUGGAAUUGAAGGAUCUGUUUGAGCAAUAUGGCGAUAUCCGAACUCUUUACACCGCCUGCAAGCAUCGUGGGUUUGUUAUGAUUUCUUAUUAUGAUAUAAGGGCCGCCCAAAAAGCAAUAAGAUCGCUGCAGAGUAAGCCACUGAGGCGUAGGAAGCUUGACAUACAUUAUUCAAUACCCAAGGACAACCUUUCUGAUAAAGAUGUUAACCAAGGAACACUUGAGGUAUACAAUGUUGAUUCUUCUGUUUCUAAUGAUGAACUGAGUAAACUUUUCGGAUCAUAUGGGGAAAUUAAAGAGAUCAGUGAUGCUCCAAACAAGCGUCAUAACAAGUUGAUAGAAUUUUAUGAUGUUAGAGCGGCAGAAGCUGCUGUUCAUGCAUUGAAUACGAGUGAGAUUGGUGGCAGGCAGAUCAAGCUUGAACCCAGCCAUCCAGGGGGCGUCAUAAGGGGUUUCGGUCAAGGUUCCGAGCAGGAGCAAGAUGAAUUUUUCAAUAUUUCCCAUAGUCCAUCAGACAACUUAUCAGCAGGAUGCAACGCAACCCUCCAUCCUGGAAUGGCUAAUGAAUCUAACCUGGGAUUGCAUUCUUCAAUUCGAUCACCUUCCAAUGCAUUUAUUGGAAAUGCAUUAACUCAUCUGAGUUCAAGUGUUCCCCGAACCUUGCCCUCUCCAAUGAGAGUGGGAUCUACGGACAAUAACUUUUGCCAUCCUGAUUCCAACCAUUCUCUGAAUGAUAUUAAGUUUGGUAACCAGUGCAUACCUAAUUUUCAUCCACAUUCCCUUCCUGAGUAUCAUGACAGUUUAGCACAUGGUGUCACAUCCAACAAUAAUGGAGCGACUGGUAAUGUGGGCCUUAGAUUGACUGAAGGAACAGACAGGAGGCACACUCGUGAAAUGAAUGCAAAUGGGCACCUGUUGGAACUGAACGGAGGAGCUUUUGGAUCAUCUGGAAAUGGUGGUUCUGGGGUUCGCGGACAUCAUUAUGUUUUGAAUAACUCCAACUCUUAUCAGCAGCAUCCUUCAACUCCCAUGAUGUGGCAGAAUUCACCAUCAUUUAUUAAUGGUCCUCAUGCUCAUCGCUUUCAACAAAUGCCUGGCUUCCCUAGAACACCUCCCCAUAUGCUGAAUGGGACAUCGCCUGUCCACCACCAUGUUGGAUCAGCCCCUGCAGUUAAUCCUUCCCUUUGGGAAAGACAUGCAUUUUCAGGACAGUCUCCUGACACUUCUAGUCUUCACCUGGGUUCUCCUAGCUUUGCCUGUUUUCCUAGUAGUCCCCAGUUGCAUCCAAUGGAAGUUCCUUCAAGCAACAUCUUUUCUCUUGUUAGUGGAAAUUGCUCAGACAUGAAUACAAGUACCUGGCAACGCUCUUCACAGGAGCUCUGCCACAUGUUUCCUGGGAGGAAUUCAAUGAUGUCUAUGCCUACCUCUUUUGGUUCACCAAAUGAACGUGUCAGAAAUCUAUCUCACCGUAGAAGUGAAGCAAACUCUCAUAAUGCUGAUAGGAAACAGUAUGAACUUAAUAUUGAGCGCAUAUUGCGUGGCGAUGACAACCGAACCACACUGAUGAUUAAGAACAUUCCCAACAAGUACACUUCAAAGAUGCUUCUUGCAGUGAUUGAUGAGAACUGCCGAGGAAUAUAUGACUUUAUUUAUUUGCCAAUUGACUUCAAGAACAAAUGCAAUGUGGGAUAUGCAUUCAUCAACAUGGUUGAUCCUCAACAGAUUGUUCCAUUCUUUAAGGCAUUCAAUGGCAAAAAGUGGGAGAAGUUCAACAGUGAAAAGGUUGCAACACUUGCAUAUGCUCGUAUUCAGGGAAAAGCUGCUCUUAUUGCUCAUUUCCAGAAUUCAAGCUUAAUGAAUGAGGACAAACGCUGUCGCCCUAUACUCUUCCAUACAGAUGGACCAAAUGCAGGAGACCCGGAACCCUUUCCAAUGGGCACCCACAUUCGAUCUAGACCAGGAAGGUCUCGGACCAGUGGCUAUGAGGAAAGCCAUAACCUAUGGAGCCCUUCUUCAUCUGCAAAUGGAGAGGAAAGUUCCUAGGGAAUGACUCAACCAAGAGAACUAACCAUUGAACCUUAUGUCGGAGUACUACAGCUAGAACCAUUCCAAUUCUCUAUAUCAGGGGUGGUCUAUUGACUUCAUUUUUGGCUAAAGGAGUUGCUUUCGUCGUCUAGGUUUUGGAUUACCUAGACCAAGGGGAGCUGCCUCCUCACUUCUCCCAAUUUUCCGAUUCUCUGAUUUCGUUUCAAAGCCAACUACAAGUAUAGAGGAUGGCUUAAUUUAGACGUAAAUUUUUGGAGACUUCGUUUGAACCCAUGUCUUGAUGUAUAGGCAUUCUCAAGACUGCUCAUCACUUGUCCUUUUUGUUCUCUCUUUCUGAAAGUGGGCUCUUUUUCUGCUUGACAACGGUUAGAGAACCACAUCAGUUUUGAGUACUGUUGAAAAUUUUGAAAUGCUAAUGUCCUUGAAACUCUGGUUGUAUUAUCUUUUGUCGGAGAUCCUUUUUGAACCUAAUUGCGUGUGCGUUGGGGUGUAUUUUUCUCUCUUUUUGUGCUAAGUUUCACUCAGUUGCAA